AUAAAAGGACCUGCUGGGAGUAUGGGAGGGCAGCAGAAGAGGACAGGGGGGUUCCAGUGCACAAUACUCUUGGACAUUUCAUCUUCAUUUGGAGGGAAAGUAACCAGCAACCAUGGGAGACGGUGAAAUGGCUGCGUUUGGCAAGGCUGCCAUCUACCUUCGUAAGCCUGAGAAGGAGAGAAUUGAGGCCCAAACCAAGCCCUUUGAUGCAAAGACUGCUUGCUAUGUGGUUGACAAAGAGGAGUUGUACGUCAAGGGUACAAUCAAAAAGAAGGAAGGCGGUAAAGCCGUUGUUGAAACGCUUGAAACCAAAGAGGAAAGGACAGUAAAGGAAGAUGAAGCCUUCCCCAUGAAUCCUCCCAAGUUUGACAAAAUUGAGGACAUGGCCAUGAUGACCCACCUAAAUGAAGCCUCUGUCCUGUAUAACCUCAAAGAGCGUUAUGCAGCAUGGAUGAUCUACACCUACUCUGGGCUUUUCUGUGUCACUGUGAACCCCUACAAGUGGCUCCCAGUAUACGACGCAGAAGUGGUGAAUGCCUACAGAGGCAAGAAGCGCGUAGAGGCCCCACCCCACAUCUUCUCUGUCUCUGACAACGCAUAUCAGUUCAUGCUCCAAGACAGGGAGAAUCAGUCUGUCCUGAUCACCGGAGAAUCUGGUGCUGGCAAGACUGUAAACACCAAGCGUGUCAUCCAGUACUUUGCAACAAUUGCAGUGUCUGGUGGGAAGAAGGGAGCAGCAGCAGAUGCUCCACCAGCCGCUGGAAAAUUGCAGGGCUCUCUUGAAGACCAGAUUAUUGCUGCCAACCCAUUGCUGGAGUCUUAUGGUAAUGCUAAGACUGUGAGGAAUGACAACUCUUCACGUUUCGGUAAAUUCAUCAGAAUUCACUUUGGCACAUCUGGGAAACUGGCUAGGGCUGAUAUCGAGACUUAUCUACUGGAGAAGUCUAGAGUGACAUUCCAGCUUCCUGAUGAGAGAGGCUACCACAUCUUCUACCAGAUGAUGACUAACCACAAGCCUGAGCUCAUAGAAAUGUCCCUCAUCACAACCAACCCCUAUGACUUUCCAAUGUGCAGUCAGGGUCAGAUUACUGUGGCCAGCAUUGAUGACAAAGAGGAACUGGAUGCCACAGAUGAUGCCAUUGAUAUCCUGGGUUUCAGCGGAGAGGAGAAAGUGACCAUUUACAAGCUGACUGGUGCUGUGCUACAUCAUGGCAACAUGAAAUUCAAGCAAAAGCAGCGUGAGGAGCAGGCUGAGCCUGAUGGCACUGAGGAUGCUGACAAAGUCGCUUACCUUCUGGGCCUGAACUCCGCUGACAUGCUGAAAGCUUUGUGCUACCCAAGAGUGAAAGUUGGAAAUGAGUUUGUCACCAAGGGUCAGACUGUGCCACAGGUCAAUAACUCAGUUUCGGCCUUGUCCAAGUCCAUCUAUGAGAGGAUGUUCUUGUGGAUGGUCAUCCGUAUCAACCAGAUGUUGGACACUAAACAGUCAAGCCAGUUCUUUAUCGGUGUGCUGGAUAUUGCUGGCUUUGAGAUUUUCGAUUACAACAGCAUGGAGCAGCUGUGCAUCAACUUCACCAAUGAGAAACUGCAACAGUUCUUCAACCACCACAUGUUCGUUCUGGAGCAAGAGGAGUACAAGAAAGAGGGCAUUGAAUGGGAGUUCAUUGACUUUGGCAUGGACUUGGCUGCUUGCAUUGAACUCAUUGAGAAGCCUAUGGGAAUCUUUGCCAUCCUUGAAGAGGAGUGCAUGUUCCCCAAGGCCUCUGACACCACUUUCAAGAACAAGCUGUAUGACCAGCAUCUUGGCAAGAAUAAGGCCUUUGAGAAGCCGAGGCCCAAAAAAGGCUGUGCUGAGGCCCACUUCUCCCUGGUGCACUAUGCCGGCACUGUGGACUACAAUGUCACUGGAUGGCUGGACAAGAACAAGGAUCCACUGAACGAUUCUGUUAUUCAGCUGUACCAGAAGUCGGGAGUGAAACUCCUGCCUGUCUUGUACCCACCUGUCGUUGAGGAAACUGGUGGUGGUGGUGGUAAGAAGAAGAAGAAGGGUGGCUCCAUGCAGACUGUGUCAUCACAGUUCAGGGAGAACUUGGGCAAACUGAUGACCAACUUGAGGAGCACCCAUCCUCACUUUGUGCGUUGUCUGAUUCCAAAUGAAAUUAAGAAACCAGGUUAUAUGCAAAACUUCCUGGUCAUCCAUCAGCUCAGGUGCAAUGGUGUGCUAGAGGGUAUCAGAAUCUGCAGAAAGGGUUUCCCAAGCAGAAUCCUCUACGGUGACUUCAAGCAGAGAUACAAAGUGCUGAAUGCCAGUGUCAUCCCUGAUGGUCAGUUCAUUGAUAACAAGAAGGCUGCUGAGAAGCUCUUGGGAUCCAUUGAUGUUGAUCACACACAGUACAAGUUUGGACACACAAAGGUGUUCUUCAAAGCUGGUCUGUUGGGUACCCUUGAGGAGCUGCGAGAUGAGAAACUGGCUUCCCUGGUCACAAUGACUCAGGCUCUCUGCCGUGCAUACCUGAUGAGGAGGGAGUUUGUGAAGAUGAUGGAAAGGAGGGAGGCUAUCUACACCAUCCAGUACAAUAUUCGGUCAUUCAUGAAUGUCAAGACUUGGCCUUGGAUGAAGGUUUACUACAAGAUCAAACCUUUGCUGAAGAGUGCUGAAACUGAGAAGGAGCUGGCCAGCUUGAAGGAGAACUAUGAAAAAAUCAAAGUGGACUUUGCAAAGGCAACAGCGAAGAAGAAGGAGCUAGAGGAGAAAAUGGUGGCUCUGGUGCAAGAAAGGAAUGACCUGGCACUGCAAGUGGCAUCUGGAAGUGAAGGUCUCAAUGAUGCUGAGGAGAGGUGUGAGGGUCUUAUCAAAAGUAAGAUCCAGCUCGAGGCCAAGCUCAAAGAGACAACUGAGAGACUGGAGGAUGAAGAGGAAAUCAAUGCUGAGCUGACUGCCAAGAAGAGAAAACUGGAGGAUGAGUGCUCUGAGCUCAAGAAAGACAUUGAUGAUCUGGAGCUGACCUUGGCUAAAGUGGAGAAGGAGAAACAUGCCACUGAGAACAAGGUAAAAAACCUAACUGAGGAGAUGGCCUCUCAGGAUGAGUCCCUUGCUAAGCUGACCAAGGAGAAGAAAGCCCUCCAAGAGGCCCACCAGCAGACUCUUGAUGAUCUUCAGGCAGAGGAAGACAAAGUCAACACUCUGACCAAAUCCAAGACUAAGCUUGAACAACAAGUGGAUGAUCUUGAGGGUUCCCUGGAGCAAGAAAAGAAGCUCCGUAUGGACCUUGAGAGAGCCAAGAGAAAGCUUGAAGGUGACCUGAAGCUGGCCCAGGAGUCCAUCAUGGAUCUGGAGAAUGACAAGCAGCAGUCUGAAGAGAAAAUAAAGAAGAAGGACUUCGAAACAAGUCAACUUCUGAGUAAGAUUGAAGAUGAACAAUCACUUGGUGCUCAGCUGCAGAAAAAGAUCAAGGAGCUCCAGGCCCGCAUUGAGGAACUGGAGGAAGAGAUUGAAUCUGAGCGUGCAGCUCGUGCCAAGGUUGAGAAGCAGAGGGCUGAUCUCUCCAGGGAACUUGAAGAGAUAAGUGAGAGGCUUGAGGAAGCUGGUGGUGCUACUGCUGCUCAAAUUGAGAUGAACAAAAAGCGUGAGGCUGAGUUCCAGAAGUUACGUCGUGACCUUGAAGAGUCCACCCUGCAGCAUGAAGCCACUGCAUCAGCUCUCCGCAAGAAGCAGGCUGACAGCGUGGCUGAGCUGGGAGAGCAGAUUGACAACCUCCAACGUGUCAAGCAGAAGCUUGAGAAGGAGAAGAGUGAAUACAAGAUGGAGAUUGAUGAUCUCUCCAGCAAUAUGGAGGCUGUUGCUAAAUCUAAGACAAAUCUGGAGAAGAUGUGCCGCACCCUUGAAGACCAACUCAGUGAAACCAAGGCCAAGAGUGAUGAGGGUGCCCGACAGGUCAAUGACCUCAGCGCUCAGAGAGCAAGACUUCAGACUGAAAAUGGUGAGCUUGGCCGCCAGGUGGAGGAGAAAGAUGCUCUCGUGUCUCAGCUGACCAGAAGCAAGCAGGCAUUCACUCAGCAAGUUGAGGAGCUCAAGAGACUGAAUGAAGAGGAAGUCAAGGCCAAGAAUGCCCUGGCCCAUGCUGUUCAGUCAGCUCGCCAUGACUGCGACCUUCUGAGGGAGCAGUUUGAGGAGGAGCAGGAAGCAAAGGCUGAGCUUCAACGUGGCAUGUCCAAGGCCAACAGCGAGGUUGCUCAGUGGAGAACCAAGUAUGAAACUGAUGCCAUCCAGCGCACUGAGGAGCUUGAAGAGUCCAAGAAAAAGCUAGCCCAGCGUCUCCAGGAGGCUGAGGAGCAAAUCGAGGCUGUCAACUCCAAAUGUGCCUCUCUUGAUAAGACCAAGCAGAGACUCCAGGGUGAGGUUGAGGACCUCAUGAUUGAUGUGGAGAGAGCCAAUGGUCUAGCUGCCAACCUUGACAAGAAGCAAAGAAACUUUGACAAGGUCCUGGCAGAAUGGAAGCAGAAGUAUGAGGAGGGUCAGGCUGAGCUGGAGGGUGCCCAGAAAGAGGCUCGUUCUCUCAGCACUGAGCUGUUCAAGAUGAAGAACUCCUAUGAGGAGUCUCUUGACCACCUGGAGACCCUGAAGAGGGAGAGCAAGAAUUUGCAACAGGAGAUCUCUGACCUAACUGAGCAGCUUGGUGAGACUGGAAAGAGCAUCCAUGAGCUGGAGAAGUCAAAGAAAACGGUUGAGACUGAGAAGUCCGAGAUCCAAACAGCCCUGGAAGAGGCUGAGGGAACUCUUGAGCAUGAGGAGUCCAAGAUUCUUCGUGUCCAACUUGAGCUCAACCAGAUCAAGGGUGAGGUUGACAGGAAACUUGCAGAGAAGGAUGAGGAGAUGGAGCAGAUCAAGAGGAAUGCCCAGAGGAUAACUGACUCCAUGCAGAGCACUCUGGACUCUGAGGUCAGGAGCAGAAAUGAUGCCCUGAGAAUCAAGAAGAAGAUGGAGGGAGACCUCAAUGAGAUGGAGAUUCAGCUGAGCCAUGCUAACCGCCAGGCUUCUGAGUCCCAGAAACAACUGAGAAAUGUGCAGGGUCAACUCAAGGAUGCCCAACUGCACCUUGAUGAUGCUGUAAGAGGACAGGAAGAUGGGAAGGAGCAGGUUGCCAUGGUGGAGCGCAGGAACACUUUGAUGAUCGCUGAGAUUGAGGAGCUCAGAGCUGCCCUGGAGCAGACAGAGAGAAGCCGCAAAGUGGCUGAACAGGAGCUGGUUGAUGCCAGUGAGCGUGUUGGCCUCCUACACUCCCAGAACACAAGUCUGAUUAACACCAAGAAGAAGCUUGAGGGCGACUUGGUUCAGGUCCAAGGUGAGGUUGAUGAUAUUGUCCAGGAGGCUAGAAAUGCUGAGGACAAGGCCAAGAAAGCCAUCACUGAUGCUGCCAUGAUGGCAGAGGAGCUAAAGAAGGAGCAGGAUACCAGUUCUCAUCUGGAGAGGAUGAAGAAGAACCUGGAGGUCACUGUGAAGGAUCUGCAGCAUCGCCUGGAUGAGGCUGAGAAUCUGGCUAUGAAGGGUGGCAAGAAACAACUUCAGAAACUGGAGUCCAGGGUCCGUGAGCUGGAAAGUGAGGUUGAGAAUGAACAACGACGUGGUGUUGAUGCUGUCAAGGGAGUCCGCAAAUACGAGAGGAGAGUGAAGGAGCUCACCUAUCAGACUGAAGAGGACAAGAAAAAUGUUUGCAGACUGCAGGACCUGGUUGACAAGCUGCAGCUGAAGGUCAAAUCCUACAAGAGACAGGCUGAGGAAGCUGAGGAGCAAUCCAACUCCCACCUGUCAAAGUUCAGGAAGGUUCAGCAUGAGCUGGAGGAGGCUGAGGAACGUGCCGACAUUGCUGAAUCCCAGGUCAACAAGUUGAGAGCAAAGAGCCGUGAUUCUGGAAAGGGCAAGGAGGCUGCAGAGUAAAUCCUGUGAAAUCUUCCAUCUAGUCACUCAUCUGGAUUAAUAUCCUGAUUGUUUUGGCUUUUCUGUAACUACAACAUAAUAAAAGUCUCUUCAGAAUA